CCCUUCUAGAGUUUGAAAAGUUCGUGGAAAUAGACAACCUCGCGGAGGUUGGCUGAAUGUUCGCAAAGUGAAUUUCACUUGAAACUUAAGAUUUUAUUUUAUUCGCAUCCAGUUGGGUAAUGAAAAGUCCGUUAAUACUCGAGUUAAUACGCGUACAUUGAAAGGAGAUUGACUCGCGGCAUUGGCCGGCGUUAAACUUGUUAUUCCUUUAAGAAAAAAUACAGUGCUUCGCAGAAAUAAGAAAUAAGAAAUAUGGCGGUACCCACUACCGGUGUAGUUGUUCCACGAAACUUUCGCUUGCUGGAGGAAUUAGAACAGGGUCAGAAAGGUGUUGGGGAUGGUACAAUUAGUUGGGGAUUGGAGAAUGACGAUGACAUGACUCUUACACAUUGGACCGGGAUGAUAAUCGGACCACCCAGAACGCCGUAUGAAAAUAGAAUGUAUAGUUUGAAAAUUGAUUGCGGUCAAAGAUAUCCAGACGAUGCGCCCAAUGUAAGAUUUUUAAGCAGAAUCAAUAUGAAUUGUAUCAAUAGCACUACCGGAGCCGUCGAUAAUCGCAGUGUACCAGUACUUGCAAAAUGGCAAAGGGAAUACACAAUCAAGACAGUUCUACAAGAGCUUCGUCGUUUGAUGACACUCAAAGAAAACAUGAAACUUUCUCAGCCACCAGAGGGCAGUACUUUUUAGCCUAACCACACAUAAAUUUAUCAUUUCUUCCUUUUUAUGGUAGCACGAGGCGAUAUAAUAAUAAAGGUACCAAAUAAUAAUAAAAUGGUGCCCGAUGGAAAUUUAUGCUAAGAUGUAACGCCUUUGCAAAAGAAAGGCGAUAAUAGCUUGAAAAGUUGGAUAUGAAUUUUGUGUUUAGGUAAGCCCAAGAGGUGUUUGUCCUUUAAAUUUUAGGUCAUGUUUAAUCAUUCGCAUGUUUCUAAUGUAAAAAGUUAUUUGUAAUUUUUAGGUAAUAAAACUGUUGCGCGAUAGCCGUAAUGUUUCUCAUCUUAAGAGAUUAUUACUGCUUACUGUUUCUGAGAUGCUUAUGAGGUAUGUGCUUGCAAGACGUAUUUUUCCAACUUUUCAAGCUAUUAUGAUUAAAAAAAAAAAAAAAAAACAAAAAAAAAAACAAAAAAAAAGAAAAAAAAGAAAAAAAAAAGAAAAAAGAAAAAAAAAGAAAAAAAAGGGAAAAAAAAGAAGAAAAAAAAGUCACACAACAAAUAUUUUGAAUCUUAAACUGGAUACACCGAUUGUCUAAUAAAAAGAAUAAUCAGUAAGAACAAAUUAUGCCUUUGAAGUUUUUUAAAUGAAAAACAAAAAGAACAAGAGAGAGAGAGGGGGGGGGGAGAAAAGAAAGGAAAAAAAUAAAAAAUAAAAGUAGCCUCUAAUACAAGCCAAAUAAUAUUUCUGUUUAUAGAUAAGUGCCAUCUUUUAUGAUUUUAAAAUUAUGAUUUUAUGGAGUUGUCUCAAUUAUUAUAGAGGCGGAUUGCCACGAAAAUUUCUAAGCCCAUGUAAAUUUUGACAAAUCGAUUGAAAAAUUGAUAACGCGUAGGUAGCUUGAAUUUGUAAUUCGGAUACGUUGGGAGUGGUUCGUAGAACGAAAUCGUUAUCGGAAUAUAAUCGCUUUUGAUAUGACUAAAUGGCAAGAAGUUGAAUCGAAUUUUCCCUAACCAUAAAUAAAUUCUAUCUAUCUAAUUUAGGAAAAAUCUGACAAAAGUUAGAUCGUUGAAAUUAACUUGUCAAGAAUAUUGUAUAAACGGGAUAAAAAAUUGGACAUUCGACGUCCGUUUAUUGAGACAUCGCCCAAAUACGGCCUCUUACUUCAUACAAAAGGAUAUGUCAUACUGCUUGGAUCACAUGUCGUCUAAUAAAUAAAGAAUGGAAGGUGAUCAUAACAGAAAUAUAAAAGGUCGUAAUUUGAUUCAGAGUAGAGGAUAGGGUAACAUAUAGGGUAUAUGCGUUGCACCGGGCAGGAGUACAUUGAUAUAUGAAGCAUUGCAACUUACAUUUUCAUUUACCUUUUCAUUCCAGUAUAAAUGCGACACAAGACUAUGUAUAUUCCGAUUAUAUUUAAAUUUGGUAAUCCAUUUAGAAAGUGUGUACAUGCUUAAUAAAUACGUAUUUAUGUUAUAAGCUUCAUAA